AUGCAACUUAAGCUUGAUCUCGAAAAAGGUGACACAAAAAAGAAGAUUGAAGCAUUAAAAAAGACAAUCGGUAUAAUUCUUGCUGGUGAGAAGAUUCCAGGACUUCUUAUGAUAAUUAUCAGAUUUGUAUUGCCCUUGCAAGACCACACUAUCAAGAAGCUUUUGCUUAUUUUUUGGGAGAUUGUCCCUAAGACUUCACCUGAUGGCAAACUUUUGCAGGAAAUGAUUCUUGUCUGUGAUGCCUAUAGAAAGGACUUGCAACAUCCCAAUGAGUUCAUUCGUGGCUCGACAUUACGAUUUUUGUGCAAGCUCAAAGAGCCUGAGCUUUUGGAGCCUCUAAUGCCAGCAAUUAGGGCCUGCUUGGAACACCGCCACUCUUAUGUACGAAGAAAUGCAGUGCUGGCAAUAUUUACCAUCUACAGGAACUUUGAAUUCCUCAUCCCUGAUGCACCUGAACUAGUAGCAAACUUCCUUGAGACUGAGCAGGACAUGUCCUGCAAGAGAAAUGCAUUCCUGAUGCUGCUGCAUGCUGACCAGGAGCGAGCACUCUCAUACCUGUCGUCUAGGUUGGACAACGUACAAAGCUUUGGUGACAUACUGCAACUCGUAAUUGUGGAACUGAUUUAUAAGGUGUGCCACGCGAACCCGGCGGAGCGGCCGCGGUUCAUCCGCACGGUGUACGGGCUGCUGAACGCGGGCAGCGCCGCCGUGCGCUAUGAGGCGGCCGGCACGCUCGUCACGCUCUCCAACGCGCCCGCUGCCAUCAAGGCGGCGGCUGCUUGCUACAUCGACUUGAUCGUGAAAGAGAGCGAUAACAACGUGAAGCUGAUUGUGGUGGGGCGGCUGAGUGCACUGCGUGCGGAGGGCGGUGAGGCGGCCACGAGAGCGCUGUCCGACCUUGCCAUGGAUGUGCUGCGCGUGCUGGCCGCCUCCGACCUGGACGUGCGGCGCCACACGCUGCAGCUGGCGUUGGAACUAGUGAGUUCGCGGCACGCGGAGGAGCUGGUGGGCGUUCUGCGCAAGGAAGCGGCGCGCACGAACAACGCGGAGCAUGAGGACGCAACCGCGUACCGCCAGCUGCUCGUCCGCGCCAUGCACCGCGCCGCGCUCAAGUUCCCGGAGGUGGCCGGCAGCGUGUGGCCGGCGUUGCUGGAGCUGGUGGGUGAGGGCAACGAGGCGGCGGCGCACGAUGUGAUGCGCUUCCUGCGCGCCGCGCUGCUCGCCUUCCCGGACCUCGCCGAUCCGCUCUACCGGAAACUUUUGGAAGCAGUGGUCAAUAUUCGUGUGGGCAAAAUCGCGCGUUCCGCGCUAUGGUUGAUUGCGGAAUUUGCUGAAACUGAAGAAAGAGCUCAAGCCGCCCUGGAAAUGCUGACCUCCGUCAUCCCUACGCCCAAUUCCGAUGAAGAAAACAAGGAGGAAGAGGCACCGGCGGCACAGAAGCAGGAGGUGCCGGCUCGGCAGCUGGUCACAAGUGACGGGACUUACGCCUCGCAGUCCGCUUUCAACUUACCCGCGUCGGGUGGGAUGGGCGCGAGCGCGAGCGGGGGGGCGCUGCGCGCGGCGCUGUGCACGGGUGACAGCUUCACGGCGGCGUGCGGCGUGUCGGCGCUGGCCAAGCUGGCGCUGCGCCUGCCGCGUGCCGCCGCCGCGCGCGCGCUGCACCGCGCCGCCGCGCUGCUGCUGCACCACGCGCACCACGCGCGCGCUACAGGUUGGUAUCCUGCAGGCGGAGCGGCCACAGAUUCACGGCGGCGUGGCGGCGCUGGCCAAGCUGGCGUUGCUCGCUGUAACGCGCCGCCGCGCUGCUGCUGCACCACGCGCACCACGCGCGCGCUACAGGUUGGUAUCCUGCAGGCGGAGCGGCCACAGAUUCACGGCGGCGUGUCGGCGCUGGCCAAGCUGGCGUUGCUCGCUGCAACGCGCCGCCGCGCUGCUGCUGCACCACGCGCACCACGCGCGCGCUACAGGUCGGUAUCCUGCAGGCGGAGCGGCCACAGAUUCACGGCGGCGUGUCGGCGCUGGCCAAGCUGGCGUUGCUUGCGCGCGCUGCAUCGCGCCGCUGCGCUGCUGCUGCACCACGCGCACCACGUGCGCUCUACUGGUCGGUAUCCUGUAAGCGGGGCGGGCACAGCUUCACGGUGGCGUGCGACGUGUCGGCGCUGGCCAAGCUGGCGCUACGCCUGCCUCGCGCUGCCGCCGCUCGCGCGCUGCACCUACGCGCGCUUUACCGGUCGGUAUCCUGCAGGUGGGGUGGGCACAACUUCACGGCGGCGUCCGGCGUAUCGACGCUGGCCAAGCUGUCUGCUAACCGAAGUUAAUUCGCCUCGAUUGACACUACACCUCGUGUGUCUGUACACCUCGGAGGACCACAAUAUAACAUUCACUGUCACGGCACCUCGUGCGUCUGUCUGCCUCAAGGAACCAACAUUACAUUCACUCACACUGCACCCCGUGCUCUCUGUCCGCCUCGAAGGACAAGCACGCUUCCUUACAACAAUUACCUGUAUUAAAUCUCGUGCAGCAUGUCGACCUCAGAGAACCGACGUUUCUUUACAACAUUUACCGACAUUGCGCCUCAUGCGGCAUAUCCGUCUCGAAAGACCAACACAUACGCUUAUAAUAUUCAGUUACUAUACAAAACACCUUUAA